AAACGGGAAUCUGAUGUUGGUACUUGGUGCGCCCCAGCUAGAAUACUAACCCGAACCGAAUGCCAAACCCGUAUCGAAGAAUUGAUUACUCUUACUCAGUUAAAAUCUGUUUCGUUGAAGAAGACGAGAGCAAUUUAGGGUUUUAGUGUUAAAGUCGAUUCUCCAUCACUCAACUAUGUCGUCCACCCUUGAAAUAGAAGCUCGAGAUGUAAUUAAGAUAGUUCUUCAAUUCUGCAAAGAAAAUUCUUUGCAUCAAACUUUCCAAACAUUACAAAAUGAGUGCCAGGUUUCUCUCAACACAGUGGAUAGCCUUGAAACUUUUGUUGCUGAUAUUAAUGGUGGGCGAUGGGAUGCAGUAUUACCUCAGGUCUCACAGCUCAAGCUUCCUAGAAAAAUACUCGAGGAUUUGUAUGAGCAGAUUGUUUUAGAAAUGAUAGAACUCCGGGAGAUAGAUACUGCACGUGCUAUUUUGAGGCAAACACAAGUGAUGGGUGUCAUGAAGCAGGAACAACCAGAGAGAUAUCUACGACUUGAGCAUCUAUUAGUUCGGACUUACUUUGACCCGCAUGAGGCUUAUCAAGAUUCAACAAAAGAGAAAAGGCGUGCACAAAUAGGCCAAGCUCUUGCUACAGAGGUUUCUGUUGUCCCUCCUUCACGACUAAUGGCUUUGAUCGGUCAAGCUUUGAAGUGGCAGCAGCAUCAAGGAUUACUUCCACCUGGAACACAAUUUGACUUGUUCCGGGGAACAGCUGCUAUGAAACAAGAUGAAGAGGAUAUGUAUCCCACAACUCUUGGGCACACUAUUAAGUUUGGGAAGAAAAGCCACCCAGAAUGUGCUAGGUUCUCCCCAGAUGGACAAUUCCUUGUUUCCUGCUCUGUUGAUGGAUUUAUUGAGGUAUGGGACCACAUAAGUGGAAAAUUAAAGAAGGAUCUUCAGUAUCAGGCUGAUGAAACAUUUAUGAUGCAUGAUGAUGCUGUGCUUUGUGUUGAUUUUAGCAGAGACUCUGAGAUGCUUGCAUCUGGAUCUCAAGAUGGAAAAAUAAAGGUGUGGCGUAUAAGAACUGGUCAGUGCUUGCGCCGUCUUGAACGGGCACAUUCUCAGGGUGUCACUAGUCUUGUCUUCUCUAGAGAUGGAAGUCAGAUCUUGAGCGCAUCGUUUGACAGCACUGCCAGAAUCCAUGGCCUGAAAUCGGGGAAAUUAUUAAAAGAAUUCCGUGGCCACACAUCUUAUGUGAAUGAUGGUAUUUUUACUAAUGAUGGAUCUCGAGUCAUCACGGCAUCUAGUGAUUGCACAGUGAAGGUUUGGGAUUUGAAGACCACAGACUGUCUACAGACCUUCAAACCUCCACCUCCUUUGAGGGGAGGCGAUGCAUCUGUAAAUUCUGUUCAUCUUUAUCCCAAGAAUACAGAUCAUAUAGUUGUGUGUAACAAGACAUCAUCAAUAUACCUGAUGACCCUUCAAGGGCAGGUUGUGAAAAGUUUCUCAUCUGGUAAGAGAGAAGGCGGUGAUUUUGUGGCAGCCUGUGUAUCGCCCAAAGGAGAAUGGAUAUACUGUGUCGGUGAAGACAGAAACCUGUACUGCUUUAGCUGUCAAUCUGGCAAACUGGAACAUUUGAUGAAGGUGCAUGAGAAGGAUGUGAUUGGUAUCACUCACCAUCCCCAUAUAAAUCUUGUUGCCACUUACGGUGAAGACUGUACCAUGAAAUUAUGGAAGCCGUAGUUGUCCCUCGCGUUGUGAAGUUGUGGAAUGAAAUUCUAUUUCUAAUCCCACCAUUUGCUUCUCGACGACCAUCUUUGAUUAUUGUAGUAUCAAGUUUAUUUUUGUACCAGUGUAUACAACCAUGGACCACCAACCCAGACUUCUACUCAAAAUUGACAAAUCAAUGUACUAGUUCUGAUAGACUAGAUACCUGUUUCUGUAAAUUAAUUCAUGUUAUUGCUACUUUGGUUUUUGAGUAAUAUUACACUUGUUUUCUCUCUCU